GAAGGUUCCCAUCGCAUGGCUUCCUAAUUCAAAACCUCGCACAAGACACAAAAAGCGAGCCACAGCCACCUCCCUCCUUCACUUCUCCGUCCCCCACCAACACCCACAGAGACUGAUAGCAAGAAGACGGAUGGCCGGAAAAUCAAGCGCUACGCCGACGACAUAUUCGCCGUCGCUGAGCGGUCAGAAGAAGAAGAGGCCUUCUUUUCUGACGGACUCCGAUUGGGUCCGACCCGAUGGCCGCGGCCCUCACCAGUGCCGCCCGGCAUUUCUAAGGACUGGGGCAGUGAAUUCUGCUUCAGGGUCUGCUUAUGCAGAAUUUGGGAACACAAAGGUCAUUGUAUCUGUAUUUGGCCCCAGGGAAAGUAAAAAAGCAAUGAUGUAUAGUGACACAGGGCGUUUGAAUUGUAAUGUCAGUUAUACAACUUUUGCUACUCCAAUUCGUGGUCAGGCUCCAGAAACCAAGGACCUUUCCUCAAUGCUUCACAAAGCUCUGGAGGGUGCCAUUAUACUGAAAUCUUUUCCAAAGACAACUGUUGAUGUGUUUGCUUUGGUAUUGGAAUCUGGAGGAAGUGAUCUCCCUGUAAUUACAACAUGUGCCAGUCUUGCUUUAGCAGAUGCAGGAAUAAUGUUAUAUGACAUGGUUGCCUCUGUUUCAGUGUCAUGUAUUGGGAAGAAUCUUCUCAUUGACCCUGUAUCAGAAGAAGAAAGCUAUCAAGACGGAAGUCUAAUGAUUACUUGCAUGCCAUCACGUAAUGAGGUGACACAGAUGACUGUCACGGGAGAGUGGUCGACACCAAAGAUACAUGAGGCAAUGCAGUUAUGCCUCGAUGCUUGUUCUAAGCUUGGGAAGAUCAUGAGAUCAUGUCUGAAAGAAGCUGCUUCUGGUCCACAGGAUUAGAGUACGUUCUCCCAUAGUAUAGAUCAUAAAAUUAAUUAGCUCCACACUGGACAUAACAAUUUGUGAAAAUUUCAUGUUUUAACAUCAUUGCUGCUCCUUAAUUUUGCUAGCUUUUUCUAUAAACAAUCCAAGGUUUUAGCUUUGAUUAUGAUGUUUCACAUGACAUGCUACUUGCUCAAAGCCAGUGAAUUUCUAACUUGGUGAUGUACUUUUCCUUGAGGUGGAAAUUGGAUUUAUGCUUUGUAAAACUCUGACCCAGAGCUAGGUUAUACGGGCCCACGAGGCUUCAGCAGUC